AUGGCAGCAGAUGUGGCUGACUCGUGUUACGAGUUGGGAAUAGUUCUAGUUGUGUUAUAUCCUAACACAACUAGGAUUACACAGCCCGCUGACGUGGCUAUUUUUAAGCCUCUAAAAAAUGCCUGGAAAAAUGCAGUUUCUGCGUGGCGUGAUAAGCACAAUGGAAAUGUUCUUACAUUAAUUGACUUCAGCACAGUUCUACAGGAAGCUAUGAAAAAUGGGAUAAAAAAAGACAGCAUCGUAUCUGGAUUCAAAACCUGCGGAUUGUACCCGUUCGACCCGGACGUUAUCGACUACAGUAAAUGUAUUGCCAAGUCUGCUGCAUUUCAGGAUCCUAGCCACCAUCACGCUGAACUCGACGUACGCGAAGCACAAAUUGCUGGGAAUAUUAUAGAUUCGGUUACCAAUCUCGACGCGAGUGAAAAUCCAGUUUCUGAGAAAGCUAUUGAUUCUGUCGUAAUUCCUUCCUACAUCAUUGAUCUUGUUUUGAAGGACAUUGGAGAAGAGCGUUUGAAUAAAAUAUUGUUGACCGAAGAGAUGAGUGAUGACGAGAUCGUUAUAAAGAAUAUUUACGAAAAGCUUAUAAAACCGUAUUGCUUGUCACAAAGGUUCACACACUCCAGCAAUGAGAAAACUAAAUACCUGGAUGAAUCAUCGGUGCACCCUUUCGAAAAUGCGACUAUCCCCGAUUCAUUUCUUACGGAGCCGGAAAUCUUGCAUACGUUAGUAAACUUUCAGUCACCUCAUCAGCAAUUGUUCGAAGUUUAUCAAAAUGACUCUUUCGGUAAAUUUAAUGAACCUGACUCACCUAAACUAAGUACAAGUAAUGACCUGUGGAAUACAACUCUUGAGUUAUGUACAGAGAAAAUAGUAGUCGCUGGAAAAAUUGAUAAUGUUCAAAUUCUUACCGCAUCAAAUAACAAUUUCAUUAACUUGAUACAAGAAACCACAGUUGACAUGCCGCUAGAUUUAUCCAUCGCACGACGGCAUAAUGAUUUGUCACCGAAUAUUCAUUGCUACCCAGAUACGAUCAACCAAGCUCCGUAA